ACAAGUCCACCUGAUAUCUCAAAUUUCCUCCUCUCAUUGGACCUCUUCCCUCCGCCUUGUGAGACAAGCCCCCAUAACAAUAACAUCAUCCCCCAGUCUUAAAAGGUGAAUUCACCAAAAGAAAGCUUCUUGUUGAGUAGAGAGAGCAGACGCGAAGAUUAAAGAAAGAAAUGGCUUCAACUUCAGCUGUUUCAAUGGCCAUGCCAUUAACUCAUGCGAGCCGAAAGGCGGCCCCAACCUCCGAGGCUUUCUUCAAGCCACUCCCAGUGAGGCCAUCUAAGGCUAUUGCGGCGGCAUCAAGAUGCAAUGGUAGGUUUCAAGUCAAGGCUUCAUUGAAGGAGAAGGUAGUCACUGGAUUGACAGCAGGUGCACUCACGGUUUCCAUGGUGAUCCCAGAGGUAGCCGAAGCUGCUGGGCCUGGGGUUUCUCCGUCUCUCAAUAACUUCUUGCUCAGCAUUGUGGCUGGUGGAGUUGUGCUUGCUGCCAUUGCCGGUGCAGUGGUAGGAGUCUCCAAUUUCGACCCGGUCAGGCGGAGUUAAGAGAUGUAUAAUCCUGAGAUUGCUUGGACUUCUUUUUACAAACUUUAUGUCAUAAAUCUGUGUUUCAAUGAAGAUGUGCGUCUUUUGUGUGUUU